ACAUUUGCCGUGUUGAUGAUAGAAUUUUUUGCCGAUUCGUGUAGUAUUUAUGUCGCUAUUCCAGGUUUCUACUCCACAGAUUUUGUGUACAAGAGAGAGCAGAUAAAGAACCAGGCGGAGAAGCCAAAGCCUUUCUCUAAAAGACGCCCUUAAAUCUCGGCCUUACGCUACACAUCAAGACAUAUGUCUCGUCUUUUGUCUUCCUCUCUCUCCCUCCUCUCUCUCCUCGCCCUGCUGACCGCUCUCUUUCCUUACGUCCUAUCAUUCAGAUGUUUUUCGACGGCAUGUCCGGGUGGAGCUGACAUAUGCAUAGAGCUGUGUCCCGAGGGUAUCAACAAGUGUCACACUGUGAGACGGACUAAUUCUUAUCCUGUAGAGAUGAGGUGCACAAACACACCUUCCUGCUCUCAGUCCUCUGAUUGCGUUUUCGAGACACUUCAAAAUUUUCAUAGUCUGCAUUAUUGCUGCUGUACUGGUGAUCUUUGUAAUAGGCUCGAUAACUACACUGAUUCUGUUGAUCCAAUCCUCAAUGUUACUAGUGCUAUACCUACAGUACCUGUCCCAGUCAGACCUUCUGAUGUCCUUAUUUGUGAGAGGUACAACUGCUCAUUCAACGAUGAUGGAAUUUGCUAUCACGGCUAUGAGGUUUGCCCGGAAACCUUUAGCUCCAAUCCUGAUGAUCAUUCCUGCAUAGCGACGUACCAUAAAAACCCAACGACGAACCUCAUUGAACUAAUGUACAAAGGCUGUCGCCACAAUAGACUACCAAACCCCUUAACUUUGCAAGCCUGUAGCAACUCCACUAGUAUGUGCCAUAUUGAUAAUCCACUAGUCUCAGAUCAGGACAGUGCCGUUUACUACUGUUGCUGUGGAGAGAGUCUUUGCAAUCAAAAUAUCACUUUUACUCAUCCUACUCAAGUCUCUACUUAUGGUUUGAUAGAAUGUUCCUCACGUAACUGUACCCAUUCUUGUCGGAUUAUUAAUAACGUCCCUGAGUGUUACUGUCCUACUGGAUAUGCUUUAUUCAAUGACUCUUCUUGCACUGAUAUUGAUGAGUGUGCCAUUAACAAUGGAGGUUGCUCUGAAACAUGCAUCAACACUCCUGGAAAUUACUCCUGCGAGUGUAACGCUGGAAGAUAUCUAAGCCCACACAGUGGCAGAUGUGAAGAUAAUGAUGGAAUAAUCUGUCUAUAUCGUAACUGUACACUUGAUGGUUCUUGUCACACUAAUACAACUGAACACUGUGCCUCCUCACAUUUGAUAUCUGAUGAUCUUAGGACAGAAACUCAUCUUCAUUAUUGUGUUGCUCUUUUUCAUUUCAUUAAUGGGACAUUCUAUCCUAACACUCAGUCAUGUUUCGCUGGUUCUCACUCUAGUUGUCAAAACACUAAUUGUACUCUGACCAAUAUUACCAGGCUCUCUCAUAAUAACGAUGUCUAUUCUUGUUGCUGCUAUGGUGAUCUCUGUAAUGAAAGGGGCCUGAUCUUUCCAGACUUUAACGCUACUAGCCCUAUUCCCAUGUCUUCCACUUCAUUAAUGGCCUCCUCUGAUUCUAUUACUAUCUUUCUAAGUUCUUCUCCUUAUGUCUCUGCUACUCAAACAGCUUCAAGUAAUAGAGUAGUAUAUCCAUCAGUAUUUGCAGCUCUUUUGCUGAUAAUGGUGUUAAUUCUCUGCAGUAUUUCGAUCAUCUUGUGUCGUGUGAGGGUAGCCUUCAGAAAAAGACUUGAUAUGAGCAACUAUCAGCUUUCGUCUCCUUCUCCAACUCUAUACGAUUCUCCCGAAUUUAUGAAAAUAAUCGGUCACGGUCGUUUUGCCCGUGUUUAUCAUGCACGAAUGGGUACCCGAGAUGUUGCCAUUAAGAUAUUCAACGGUACGCUACAAGCAAAGGGAAGCUGGACACAAGAGAAAGACAUAUAUGCCACAGAGAGACUGGAGCAUGAGAAUAUACUGAAAUUCCUCUAUCAUGAUCAUCGCUUUCACGAAGGUCAAGACACCUUGUGGCUUAUUUUUGAUUAUCAUUCGAACGGCUCUCUCUACGACUACCUCCAGCUUCACCGUCUCACGUUUGAUGAGCUAUUCUCUCUGUGUCUCUCGGGGGCGGCUGGGCUAGAGCACCUCCACUCUGUCGAUAAUUGUCCCGAGACUUAUAAGCCGGCCAUAGCCCACAGAGACCUAAAGAGUAAGAACAUACUGGUCAAGAAGGACAUGACCUGCUGCAUUAGUGACUUUGGGCUUGCUAUCAAAUUUGAUGGGGUUGAUAUGAUCCUCUCUGAAGCAAAGGGACAGGUUGGUACCAGUAGGUACAUGGCACCAGAGAUACUAGAGGGAGCAGUCCGGUUUAAUCAAGAAGCUUUUUUGAAGAUUGAUAUAUACGCCUUUGGACUUAUACUAUGGGAAAUGCUGUCUUGUUGCGAUCUGAAUAACAUCACUUCCAAUCCAAGUUACUAUCCUCCAUUUGAUGGCUGGGUUUCUGCAAAUCCUUCGAUUGAUGAAAUGAAGAGGAUUGUAGUCGAGGAGAAAAAAAGGCCGCCCAUUCCUCAAAAGUUUCAAACAAACCUGAAGUAUUCAUUCAUUGCUGAUAUUAUCGUGGAGUGUUGGGAUGAUGAUGCUGAUGGCCGACCUGCUGCGUCUCUCAUUUCAAGACGUCUGAGCGAGUUCCAAACGGCAGGUUAUACCGCGUCUCCACACCUUCCUCCUUUGAGCAACAAAUCAAGCAAAGAGUCUGGAUUUCACUCUCUGUCUGGCCAGCCACUUCUUUCGUCCUCAGGAGUAAACAACGAUGCCUUAGCUACUGACUAUAACAUUAACACCCCUUUACCGCCGACCCCAACACCCAGCAGCCCCAGUAUAACCCUCUCUCCUACUGAGAUUAAAUCCCAUACGGUUCAUGAUUUUUCAUCGUCAUCAACCUCUUCUUCCUCUUGCCCGACUCGCUCGUCUCUUCCCAUUCAUUUUUCUCCUGCUAAGAAGUCUGAUACUAGUGAUCCUAGGAGCAGGAAGGCCGUUACCCCGUUGAGAUCCAAUCCUGGGAAACCGACUGAUUUGGGUAGUGGGAAUAUCAGCGGAGGUGACCUUUUUAGCCAGUAUGACCUUUCGUCUAGUUCUGGUGCCGGAGACGUCGUGUCUCCUUUGUGUGAUGACGUGAGAAAGUUUUCGCUCCAGUUGGAUUACACGGAGGAUUUUAAACCCGAUAAUGAAGAGAACCCAACCGAGACUACAUUAUGAAUACCUAGCUAGCUUGCUUCUCUUUUUUAUACCCUAGCUCCCCCACCUUAACUCUCUCUCUCUCUUUCUCUCUCUUCUCCUCUUGUUUUAGUCCUUCAAUGUUGGUAGUGUCCAUUAUAAUAAUGGCCAGCUCCUGUGUUUUUUAUGUUUUUCUCACAUUCUCCCUCCAGUUCUCUCUUA